UUCCGAACCAUCGAGCCUCGUCCCUCCGGCCUAUAAAUAUCCGUCUUCCACAAAAUAUCAAUCAUCAUACGCGUCCGAUAAGGAAGACAUUUUGACAUUUGAAGAUAGUUAUUUGAAUAGGAAGCAUGGCCUUAGUUUCUGGAAGGAGGUCAACUCUGAAUCCAAACGCUGCACCUUUUGUUCCUGCGUCUGUACGCCAAGUGGAGGACUUCUCACCGGAAUGGUGGGACUUGGCAACCAACUCAACAUGGUUCCAUGAUUACUGGGUAGGCCAGAAGGAGGGAUCAGAAUAUGGCUGCAAUGAGGCUGGAUUUGGUGAUGAUGAUAUUGCUGAUUUGCUGCCAGAUAACAUUGAUCUUGAUGUUGAUGAUGACAUUUUGAACAUGGAAGAUCAAUACGAAGAAUUUCUCCAAUCAAUUGAAACAGGGCAAGGAAACAAUGGUUUUGUCAACAGCAUCAAGGGGGUGUCAGAAUCAGGUUCAGCAAAGCAUCCUGAUGCACUGGUUAAAAGUCUGAACUUGACAAAGGAGAGAGGUUCAAAAUCCCUUGUGUCACCCAGGUACUUUGAGAAGCCAGCAAAGGUUGUUAGCCCGAAAUGCAGCCUUCGCCGCAUCCAACAACCUCGCUGAAUGUUUUCCUAGCAGGAGUCGCUUUAUGUCUGCAGUCGUAAUUUGGAAUUACUCUUGGUGAAGCAGUGUGAGUCUUUGUAAUUAGUUUCUUGUAGCUUCUGUGUAGAGCAAGGUAGGUUGCCGCUGUUGUAUCUAGCCUUGUUCAUAUCCGAACAUUGUGCUUUGUUCAGUUCGAUGAAAACAAAUGAAACUGGAAAAGAUGCAGAAAUCUGCCCAGGAAAAAAAAUGUAAAGAGUGUAGUUGUCUUUUUGUUGAUAUUGAAGGCAAAAUGUUGAUCAAUCUGCA